AUGGCCGGGAAGAGGAAGCGAGCGGCCCAGCACCCUGACUCCAGUGCGAAUGUCGCCAUUGUUCCUCCCGCACCGAAGCGUCGUUCUUCGGCGAGGACGGCUGCGACAGCAGUCGUUACGAAUCCCGACCGGAACGAUCAGGUCUUCGAUGCUCCCAAUGCCACACGCGCGUCUCCGGAUAGCGACGUCAACGAAGAGAUCGUGCCCGGGCCCGUCAAGAUCGAGAAUGGGGUGUCUUCGGGGAGUUCGUUGAGCGAAGCACCAGCUGUGGUCGAACCUUCUCCGAAGAAGCCCAGGGGCAGGAAAUCAGCGACGGAGGGUAAACCGGCCAGGGUGGAAUCUACUGCUACACCGGUCAAGAAGGAGGCCCAGACAGCCUCUGAGAGGAAGAUCGACGGCGAAACAUCGGAUGCCAGCAAGCGCAUAGCCGCUAAGAAGGCAAGAGACGGUGAAGAUGGAGAGCCGGCAGAUCCAGAAGCAGACGGAGCCGAAGAGGCCGAUGAGGAAGAAGUGAAGGAAGCUCUUGCUCGGCCGCCUCCCGUCAACAGUGACUACUUGCCCUUACCCUGGAAAGGACGUCUUGGGUAUGCAUGCUUGAAUACCUACCUGCGGAACUCCAACCCUCCGGUCUUCAGCUCGCGUACAUGUCGAAUUCAAUCGAUUCUAGAGCAUCGUCACCCUCUGCAGGACCCCACACAGCCGGAGUCGAACAAGAACAAGCCAGAUCGAAGCAAGCCAGCGGAUGUUGCUCUGGGCCAGCGAUAUGUCGAGGGCUUAUGUCUGGCGAAUAUUCAAGACAUCAUCAAGAUGGUAAGAUGGAAUGAGCGCUACAAGAUCAAGUUCUUCAGACUGUCUUCGGAGAUGUUCCCCUUCGCGUCGCAUCCGGAGUAUGGCUACCAGCUGGCGCCUUUCGCCAGCGAAGCACUCGCAGCAGCCGGCAAAGUGAUCGCCGAAUUGGGUCAUCGCGUCACGACGCACCCCGGCCAGUUCACGCAGCUGGGUAGUCCCCGAAAGCCGGUCAUCGAGAAUGCCAUCAGGGACCUCAAGUAUCACGCCGAAUUGCUCACGCUUUUGAAGUUGCCGGAGCAGCAGGACCGCGACGCCGUCAUGAUUGUGCACAUGGGUGGGAUGUUCGAAGGCAAGGCAGAGACGAUCCAACGAUUCAGGGAGAACUACUUGAAUCUGCCACAAGGCGUCAAGAACCGUCUCGUGCUCGAGAAUGACGAUAUGGGAUGGAGCGUCCACGAUCUCCUACCAACGUGCGAAGAGCUCAAUAUUCCGCUCGUGCUUGACUACCACCACCACAACAUCGUCUUUGACGCGGAUCAGAUCCGCGAGGGCACCAAAGACAUCAUGGACCUCUAUCCUCGCAUCAAAGCCACCUGGGAUCGGAAAGGCAUCAAGCAGAAAAUGCACUACUCGGAGCCCACGCCUGCCGCCAUUACCCCUCGGCAGCGCAGAAAGCAUAACCCUCGCGUAGCUACACUCCCUCCGUGCGCGCCAGACAUGGACCUCAUGAUUGAGGCCAAAGACAAGGAACAGGCUGUCUUCGAGCUCAUGAGGACCUUCAAAUUGCCGGGACACGACACUCUCAACGACCUUCUGCCGUACACCAGGAAUGACGACAAUAAAGUCGCGCUGGCCACCAUGAAUCGGAAAAAAAAGAAGUCCGACGAGCCCGAGCCGGUGCUCGUCCCGGAGGCAGAUGUCGGCAUGGGAGGGCCCGAGGGACGUGUGUACUGGCCGCCCGGGAUGGAAGAAUGGCUACGGCCCAAGAAGCGCGAAGUGAAGAAGAAAGAACCCCCGGCGGAGAAGACGAAAGAGCAGAAGCGAAAAGAGGCGGCAGAGCUCUAUGCCGCGCGCGAGGCGGAGAAGAAAGGCGGCGACCAGGUGAAGAAUGAGCCGGAAGAUUCCGAUGUCGACGCGACUCCGGCUACCAAGAAGGCCAAAGCCGCGAUGCGCAAGAAGACGAAGGCUGACGCCGAAAAGGUGGCGGUGAAGGACGCUGCUGCGGAGAUUACAGGCGCCGUUGCUGCGAAGCCGGGCAAGAAUACCGCGCAGAAGAAAGCUUCAGGACGGGCGAAGAAGCAAGCUCCACCAGUGCCGAGGCCAGAGUCGAGUGAUGAGGCGAUUGAUGAGCCAGAAUUGGACGAUGAAGAAGAGGAGCCUGUUGUGCCUAGAGCGAAGAAGAGUGCGGGCACCCGAAAAGGCAGUAGGCGGUCCGGUAAAGGUGCUGUCAGUUAUAAAGAGGAGGACGGUGAUGAAGAAUAA